ACGUCGCGAAAGAAAGUCGUCACAUCUGCCUCAGGACUCUACUGUUCCCGCGCAGGACGACGGGCAACGUAUAUAAGAUGCGCGCAGGCGCAGUUCAGGGAGCGCAUUUUCACUUCGACGCAGUGAAGACGUUCCUGUGUUGCCAUGGGCCGCCGUCCAGCUCGUUGUUACCGGUAUUGUAAGAACAAGCCGUACCCAAAAUCUCGUUUCUGCCGAGGGGUUCCUGAUGCCAAGAUCCGCAUCUUUGACCUGGGUCGAAAGAAGGCAAAAGUGGAUGAAUUCCCGCUCUGUGGCCACAUGGUGUCUGAUGAAUAUGAGCAGCUGUCUUCUGAAGCCCUGGAGGCCGCCCGUAUUUGCGCCAACAAGUACAUGGUGAAAAGUUGUGGCAGAGAUGGCUUUCAUAUGCGAGUGCGGCUCCAUCCCUUCCAUGUUAUCCGCAUCAACAAGAUGUUGUCCUGUGCUGGGGCUGACAGGCUCCAGACAGGUAUGCGAGGUGCCUUUGGAAAACCCCAGGGUACUGUGGCCCGGGUCCACAUUGGUCAAGUCAUCAUGUCCAUCCGCACCAAGCUUCAGAACAAGGAGCACGUGAUUGAAGCCUUGCGCAGGGCUAAGUUCAAGUUCCCUGGACGCCAGAAGAUUCAUAUCUCCAAGAAGUGGGGCUUCACGAAGUUUAAUGCUGACGAAUUUGAAGACAUGGUGGCCAAGAAGCGCCUCAUCCCUGACGGUUGUGGAGUCAAGUAUGUUCCCAGUCACGGCCCUUUGGACAAGUGGCGGGUUCUGCACUCAUAAAGGCUUUGGCAGCACUGUCUCCUUGGGCCAUGCCGGUCUGACUUAUGCUUACUAAUAAAUUCUGUUUACUGACAAA